ACAUUUCUUGCAGUUAUUCCCCUUUCAUUAUUCAGUGAAACCUGAAAGAUGAAACCUUGUAUUUCAAACUGCAUUCUCAAUGAGGAAAGGCUUUUUUAAACCCUAAGUUUAGAAACACAGUUCAAUAAUUCACGAUUUUUGAAUUUGUUCAAGUCUGAGUGGUGGUAAAGCAUUUGCAUUAAUAAUGAUCAUGUUCUGUUUGAAUUUGCAUGAGUCUGUUGCAGAGAGAAAUGCAUGGGAAUGGAGAAAAAGGUAAACAAGUCGACAGCCAUGGUCAGUUUUGGAAGAUUCAGAACUAUGUUAUUUUUUUAAGUUAAAUAAUAACAUAAAUAUAUGUCAGCUGUAACUAUCUUUUUUGUCUGGCAGUUGUGGCUCACGUUUUGAAUUGAGGCUGAAUAGUUUAGUAUUGUUGCCCUGCGAUGGACUGGUGUCUCCUCCCUCUUGCCGGUUGACUGAUUUAGAUAGGCGUAAGGCUCCUUCGCAACCCUGUAAGGAUAAAUGUGUUAGAUAAUGGAUGGAUGGGAUGGAUGGUUUAUUGGCAGAUAUCUUAAAUGCAGUAAAUAACUCUCUUCUGUAGCGUCAUUUAUAACUCAGAUUAAUUAUUCUUGGAUACUUAUGAUAACAGCUAUUCUGAAAGGGACAAACAAUGCAACCUCCACAUGCCAUCUUUUUAAUCUCAAAACUGUCAUGGCAGUUAAUGCAAAAAAUAUUAAUUUGUUAUUAAUUAAGCUAAAAGCUAUGUUCAGGUUUGCAAUGGACUGUUAUUUACAGCAACCUCAGUGUUUUUUACACUGAAAAUGAAUGUAAGAUAUGAAAAACCAUACUGAAAACAGGAACAAGGAAACAUUUCUUAUCUUUGGAAAGGUCUGAUAUAAAAAAAUAAAGCGGUUUAACUGAAUGCUAUUUUUAUUAUUAAUUUUAGCAUUACUUUUAGAGGCAAUCUUACCAAUAUGUACUUUGCGCCACCCUGACGCUGUACACAUUACAUUUGGUUAGUACUGGUUUCAAAAGCUUUAUGUCUAAAACGAGAUUUGAAAAUGUGUUUUCUUCUGGCUGAAUUUAUUUUGUUAAUUUGAUGUUUGUUUGUUUUUGUUUUGUUUGUUUUUUUCACUCAGUUUAAUGUUUUCUUCAGAAAACCAGAAUUUACACAUCACUGUAUAUUGUAUUUGCUUUUUAUAAACUAAUUCUAAUGAUGUGAUCAAAUAAUCACUCAGCUAUUUAAAUAACCUUUUUUUUUUUUUUUUACCAAAUAGUUUUUUACACUUGAAUAAUUAUGUCACUGCCAUUUCAGUUAUAGACAGCUACAAUGCAGUAGCUUGAAUGGGUGAAUGACUGAAUGUAUUAUGAAGCACUGUUAGGGAGAAAAACGACUUUGUCUUUGAAGGAAAUUUCAGACUUUCAAUCUUGCAUAAAUUUUCUGUGAGAUUUUCUAGUUCUAGAUUUUAACAAUAAUGUAUUUAUAAUGCAUGUAAAUAUGAAAGCGCUACAAAAUGACAAAAGCAUUAAACAAUGUAAAAACAAUAAACACCCAUCUAUAAUAUCAAUCAAAAGAUCCACACUGAAGUCAACAAUCUUUGCAGUCUCAAGAGCAUUUUUUUUCUAUGCUUCAAUUAAAUAUUUUUUGUCUUCAUUCAUAAAUGACUCUUUUGAACUCUCAUCCACCAAGCUUAAACUUAAUAUGAUAUAUAGUUUCCCCUAGAUUAAGACUCUGGCACCAAUUUGGAUUUAUACAAGAUGAAGACACCAAUUGUUAUGUAGAGCAGCUAGGAUAUAUAACUUUUUACACCAAAACGUUAAAUCUGACUGCAAUGGCAAAUCUAAAGUUGUAAGUUUAGCAUGGCUCAAGAAGCUGGAGAUUUCUACUCUGAGAUGGGGUGACAAGUUUUGACCCCAGGCAAAUCUGAACAACUCAUUGGAUGAGAUAUUUUAAAACAAAAGGUACCAAAACUUUCAAAAUAAAAAUUUUAUUUUGAAAGCUUUGAGUUAGUGGUGACGUUGGAUUUUUAUGAUUCCAGGCUUAGAAGAACUCCCAAUAAGUUUUCUAUAAUGGGCCUAAUUCAGGAGAAUGUUUGACAUACACAAAUUGAAACGUAAUGGGAAAGAAAUUUGUGCUAUGAUUUUGUUUCCUGAAAAAUAGUAGAACAUUUUAACUGCUGUAUUUAUUUAAAAAAAUAUAAUGCUACAUGCAUUCCUAUCUACAAUAAUCAGAAUACAUUUGAAAGCAACGUAUCUUUCUAACAUUGGAUUUGGCCAUCUUAUCAGAUGCAGAAAAAAACAUUGGAGUUAGCCCAAAAUCUAUUAAAUAAAUAAGUGAAAAUGUCUGUCCAUAUCUGUUUAACCACUGAUUGUGAAUUCUAUGAUGGCAAACAGUGAGAUUUUUCAGUUUUGUCCAGUGGCUGAAGGAACUAACAUGUACGCUAUGUGAACAUGUGAGGGUGUAGGGCGUUCAGCCAUGAAGCCACAAAUGAGCCACAGAUGGCCGAAAAAAGAUUCUGAGCAACAUUUACAAUGUAAAUUUUCAAACCCAAAUCCUAUCAAUUUCACUUUCCCCCCCAUCAACUUUCAGAGAAAUGAAACCAUUUAGUUAUUUAACUGUGUAGUUGGACAUUUUCUCCACACUAUACUUUGUAGUUGGAGAAAAUGUCUAAAACUUUAUCUCUAUAUUACAACUAAAUGAAAUCCUCUCACUCAGCAUUUGCCUACAAAACAAAGACAAACAAAGUCACCACAAUAAAAAAAAAGUACAAGAAUAACAUUUUUGACAUGUGAGGUUUAAAACAAUAGGGAAGUGAUGCUGUCAAAUUACACACACAAUAGGUUUACAUAGCCACCUGUUACUUUCAUGUUAUUACUAUAGUGCUGAUUGCAGUCCACCUCUUUCAGCAUUCUUCUUGUGUUGACAGCAGCAGCAAGCCACAUUUGUAUACUCCUACAAAAAUAUGUUUCUCCACCUGGUAAGUGAGACAUACGUCACUUCUUAUAUAUUCAUGAUACAAUAGAAUUUCAUUAAAAAUGUUAUUUGAGUAAUUUAUCACAAAGUGAUAUAUUUUAAGCAUUUAUUUCUGUUAAUGUUGAUUACUAUGGCUUACAGCUGGAAAUAUCAAAUUCGUAUAAAACUAGACAUUUUACACACAAUCAUGUAGAACCCAGUUGACAUAACUACUAGGUAAAAAAAAAAUUCUAAAGAAGUUGGCUUGUCAAACAGCUAUGUAUCCAAGAAUAUUUACGGAAAGGUGAGUGGAAGGAAAAAUUGUGUUAGAAAAAGAUUCAAAAGCAAUAGUUGUAACUGCAGCCUGGAAGGGAUUGUGAAGAAAAAACUAUGAGUCUAGAGGAGUUUGGCAAGUCAUGAACUGUGGCUGGAUCAAGUGUUAUAGUGGAAGACGAGAGACUUAAGAACCAACAAAGCAAACAAAAUAAAGGUGGCUAAUAAAGCAGCCUGGGCUUUGAGAACACCUCAGCAGAGCCACAGGCUGAAAGCCUCCAUCUCAUGCAGUAUUUAUGUCAUGCAGAAGCCCUAAAUAGGUAUACUGUGCAGUAUAUGGAUGAACUUGUCAGCAGACUAUUAUUUUAUUGGUCGUUUCUAAUCUUUUGUGAGUGACUAUAUUUUUGCAUCAACUGUAAUCUGCAAUCUAAAAUAACAGAAACAAAUGACUGAAAUAUAUCAGAAUCUGCAUAGCAAACUCUAUGAGCUUAAAUAUUAAGUUUUCAGUUAAAAUGUAAACCACUAAAUACAAAAUGUUGAAAAUGUACCAUUUGUGGUUUUACUGCAUUGUAAAGGAGAAUAUGUUAAAUUGGACUUAUUUGAAAUAGUCAUGUAUAUUUAGCACUGUGCAUGUUUUUCAUAAAGUCACCUGUUUUUAUGCAGAUGUGUGGGGCCCUGCUGGGCCUGGGUUUUUGCAUUCAAACAACAAGUGCCAUCUCCUACCCAAAAACUCUGCCAUGCGAUGUUAGCAAGGACAAAAAUGGGACUACGGUGAAAGUGGACUGCACUGAAAGAAGCCUCAAGUUCGUCCCCAAAGCCAUCCCAGGAGAGACUACCAAUCUGACUCUGACCAUCAACCAUAUCCCAAAUUUGAACUCAACCUCGUUUCGUGGUCUGGACAACCUCACAGAGAUUGACAUGAGGUGCAACUGCGUACCCAUCAAAAUUGGUCCGAAGGACAACAUGUGCACAAAAAGUGUGACAAUUGCGGAGGAUACAUUUACUGCACUAAGGAAUCUACGGGCACUGUAUCUAGAUGGGAAUCAGCUUGAUAGCAUUCCUAAAGGCUUACCUUCAAACCUUGUCCUUCUGAGUUUAGAAGUGAAUCAUAUUUUUUAUAUUUCUAAGGAAAAUCUUUCCGAAAUCCAAAAUGUUCAGGUGCUCUACCUGGGACAAAACUGCUACUAUCGCAACCCCUGCAAUGUUUCCUAUGACAUAGAAGAUGGUGCAUUCUUACAAUUGGAAAACCUAACAUUGCUGUCCCUUAAAUCAAACAACUUAUCCUUUAUUCCCUAUAGGUUGCCUGUAAGUUUAAGACAGCUGUAUCUAUACAAUAACAACAUCCAAGAGGUCUCUGAUGAGGAUUUUAAAAACUUGACAAACCUUGAGAUUUUAGAUAUUAGUGGAAAUUGCCCUCGAUGCUACAAUGCCCCUUUCCCAUGCACCCCAUGCCCAAAAAACGCACCCCUAAAAAUAAGUAAGGGAGCUUUUAAAAUGUUGACAAAACUAAAAACGUUACGUUUGCACAGUAACUCCCUGACAUGUAUAUUACCUGAAUGGUUCAGUAGCACAAAGGAUCUGAGAGUGCUUGAUCUCUCAUCAAACUUUUUAGCCAGAGAUAUUGGGACCACAGACUUCCCUAAGUUUCUUGGCAAGCUAGAAGAACUAGACUUGUCUUUUAACUAUGAGCUCCAGAGGUAUCCUCAAACUCUUAGACUGAACUCCAGUUUCUCCUCCCUCAUGUCUCUUGAAAUUCUCAGACUAAAGGGCUAUGUGUUUCAGCAACUAAAGCCAGAAAGCAUUGCUCCCUUAAAACGUCUUCCAAAUCUGACAGUUCUAGACCUCGGCACAAACUUUAUCAAAAUGGCAAACCUCAGCAUUUUAAUGGAGUUAAAAAGCUUUCAUAUAAUCAGUUUGUCUGACAAUAAAAUAUCAUCUCCCUCUGACGCUCAAACUGCGUUUGGUUUCAACGGGGGAGAGCCUAUGCUGUGGUCCCCCAUGUCAGCAGCUGAUCAGUUCCAGAACAAGGAAGUGAGAGAGAUUCAUUACUUCAGAUACGAUGAAUAUGCUCGCAGCUGCAAAUACAAAGAUAAGGAACUUGGAAUCGUUACAUUAUUUGUCAAGAAGGAAUGCAGCGACUUUGGUAAAACCUUGGAUGUGAGCAGAAACAACAUAUUUUUCUUGCAUUCAAGGUUUUUAAACCUGAAGGAGUUGAGAUGUCUCAAUCUUUCAGGAAACGCAAUGAGCCAAAGCCUGAACGGAUCUGAGUUUAGCAACCUGACUAAUUUACAGUACCUGGACUUCUCAUCAAAUCGCCUGGACCUGUUGUACUCAACUGCUUUUAAAGAGCUAAGCAAUCUGGUCAUCUUGGAUAUAAGUAAAAAUAACCAUUAUUUUGAAUCAGAGGGCUUGACUCAUAUGCUUAAUUUCACUAAGAAUUUAAAAAAACUCAAGAUACUGCUCAUGAAUCACAACAAGAUUUCUACUUCCACCAACACAGAAAUGGAAAGUGACUCUUUAGAGAAGCUGGAGUUCAGAGGCAACAGGUUGGAUAUGCUGUGGAGAGAUGGGGACACAAGAUAUAUCCACUAUUUCAAAAAAUUACGUAAUCUGAAACUACUAGACAUUUCUUCCAAUAACCUUCGUUCAGUUCGAAGAGAAGUCUUCAGUGGUCUGCCAGACAACCUGACUGAGCUCCACAUUAAAAAGAACAAACUGUACUUUUUUGCAUGGGGGGAACUACAACUUCUGAGAUCUCUGAAAGUCUUGGACCUUAGUGGAAAUUACCUAACCUCUGUUCCAAGAGUGCUGUCAAACUGUACCACAUCACUUGAAAAACUUGUUUUACAUGACAACAAAAUCCUAAAACUCACACCAAAUUUCCUCCAGGAAGCUCUUAGUUUAAAAUAUCUAGAUCUUAGCUUCAAUCUUAUAAAGCAUAUUGAGCAAUCUAGCUUUCCAGAUAAUGUUGUUAAGAAGAUGGAGAAGUUGCUUCUGCACAAAAACAGUUUCCUUUGCACCUGUAAUGCCUCUUGGUUCAUCACUUGGCUAAACAAGACCACGGUGACCAUCCCUCGACUAGGAAUUGACGUUACCUGUGCUUCGCCAGGAGUGCAAAAAGGUCAUCUUGUGGUCUCAGUGGACUUACAAGCCUGCCAGCACUCCUUCCUAUCAAUCAUCCUCUACACUCUCAUGACUUCACUCCUUCUUGGCUUCAUUACUCUGUCCAUCGCUAGUCACCUCUACCUGUGGGAUGUCUGGUACAUUUAUCACUUCUGCAGGGCUAAACUCAAGGGCUACAGCCGCCUGUCUUCUCAAAGUGAUGUCUAUGACGCCUUUGUGAUGUUUGACAAAAAUGAUCCUGCUGUGUCAGAGUGGGUGAUGAAGGAGAUGUGUCAUCAUCUGGAGGAGCGGGGAGACCGCCGAUUGACACUGUGUCUGGAGGAGCGAGACUGGGUCCCCGGUUGUCCCCUGAUUGACAACCUCUCCCAGAGCAUCCACAAGAGCAAGAGGACUGUGUUCAUUCUCACCAAAAAAUACAUCCAGGGGGGUAAUUUCAGGACAGCCUUCUAUAUGGCCCAUCAAAGACUGAUGGAUGAAAAAAAUGACGUCAUAGUACUGAUUUUUUUGGAAAAAGUAUCUUGUAACUCAAAAUAUCUGCGCUUAAGAAAGCGACUGUACAAGCGGUCUGUGCUCGAGUGGCCAACAAACCCGCAGGCACAACCAUACUUCUGGUUUAGUCUCAGGAGUGUAUUGGCUACUGAGAGCCACAAACAGUACAGCAAUCUCUUUAAAGAGACACUCUGAAGGGGUGGCAAUAUAGAGUUUGUAAAAAAUAAGACAAUUUGUGUUUUAUCAGUUAUUUCUUCUCUGCAACAAUGCUUCCAAUUACAAUUAUGAUGUCUGCCAAUUAACAAUGCCUUUCUGCUGUUGACUCUUGUUUGGUGUCAUUUAUUGGAUUGAAGAAUAGAAGUUUGAAGAAACAAGAGAUAUCAGUAAUUAAUAUAGUAAUUUUUCCUUUAACAAAUUGAGGUUUCAGGAAAGUGCUGGAAAGCCAUUCACAGCUACAACAACCUGGUAUGUUGCCCUCACGCUGAUCACCAGCUUGGUCACACUCUAUUUUGGCAUUCCUUUCUUCAACCAGCGCUUGUUACAAGUCAGUAAAGGUGGUUGCACUGGACUCUCUGGUAUGAAAAGCACAUCCAAGCAACCAUGCAUUUUCUUCAUAUUUAUGACACCAUGCAUGAGAAAA